CCACACCAGGAAGAGCAUCAAAGUGGUAGCCACUGUCAAGAACGAGAUUCUGUAAAAAAGAGUUACAUAUAUACAGACAUGAGUAUUAACGGGAGGGAAAAGGAACCUGGGAUCCUGAAGGAGGAGGGGAACACCCUGUUCAAGGCAGGGGAUGUGCAGGGGGCUCUGUGCUGUUACACCAAGGCUCUCAAACUGAGUAGUAACCAGUCAGAGAGCGCUAUCCUGCACCGCAAUCGCUCUGCCUGCUACCUGAAAUUAGAGGACUACACUAAGGCUGAGGCUGAUGCCUCGAAAGCCCUUGAUGCUGACCCUGGUGAUGUAAAAGCCAGGUUCCGACGGGCUCAGUCUUUGCAGAAGCUAGGUCGUUUGAACGAGGCAUUUAUGGAUGCUCAGAGGUGUGCGCAGCUGGAGCCCACAAACAAAGCCUUCCAGGAGCUUCUUAGACAGCUGGGAGCACAGAUACAGGAAAAGUCAGUGCAGCUGUCAUCCACAGAUGCUCGUGUGCAGCAGAUGUUCUCUCUCCUCCUGGACCCUUUGGCACAGUCCGUAGACAGACAGAAGGCUGCUCAGAACCUGGUGGUUCUGUCUCGUGAGGAGGCUGGGGCCGAGCAAAUCUUCCGUAACGAUGGGGUGAGGUUGAUCCAGAGACUGCUCGGCUCCAAGCAGGAGGAGCUGGUCCUGUCUGCACUCAGGACCCUGGUUGGCCUGUGUACCGGCCACCAGUCCAGAACCAUGGCAAUUGUAAAUGAACUGGGCAUGGAGCAGCUUUGUGAAGUGAUGGGCUCUGGGGCAUCUUCUGUGUCUCUGGCAGCCUGUCAUCUGCUGCAAGUGAUGUUUGAGGCCCUGACCGAGGGCAUGAAGAGGGAGAUCAGAGGGAAAGAAGAAGCCAUACUGCCUGAGCCGUCUCGUGAGCUGCGCUCCAUGCUUCGCCAACUGGUGGAGAUGAUGCCAGCUAGCAGCGUGUCAGGGCCGGGCAGAGACAGCGCCAUCAAUCUGCUGGUCAAACAGGUGCCUCGGAAGUCCCAGAAGAACCCAGACAAUUCCCUCACAUUGUGGGUCAUAGACCAGGGGCUAAAGAAGAUCCUGGAGGUAGCUGGGACAGUCCCGGAGGUGUCUGAGGGACCUCCCCUCACAGACAACUCCCACAUGAGCUGCUCUGUGCUGCUCAGCAAACUGUACGAUGAUCUGAAGUGUGAUGCAGAGAGAGAGAACUUCAACAAACUUUGUGAGGAAUAUAUCCAGCUGCACUUUGGCCGCCCCGGCCUGGAGAGUAAACUACGUGCUAUUCAGACGGUGGCUGUGCUUCUGCAAGGACCCAGUGACGUUGGCAAUAGGACAUUGGAGAUUUCAGGCAUGAUGGAUGCUGUCAUCUCUCUGUGUGCCUCAGAGGACGUAUGUCACCAGCAGGUGGCGGUGGAGGCUCUUAUCCACGCUGCUGGUAAGGCCAAGAGGGCCUCGUUCAUCACUGCCAACGGCGUGGCACUUCUAAAAGACCUCUACAAGAAGAGCGAGAACGACAGAAUACGCGUACGAGCGCUAGUGGGUUUGUGUAAACUCGGCUCAGCUGGAGGGACAGACUUCAGCAUGAAGCAGUUUGCCGAGGGAUCCACACUGAAACUUGCCAAGCAGUGCAGGAAGUGGCUGUGUAAUGAGUCCCUUCCACCAGCUUCGCGGCGCUGGGCUAUCGAGGGCCUGGCUUACCUCACCUUUGAUGCUGACGUAAAGGAGGACCUGGCCGAGGACAGAAAUGCCCUGCAGGCCAUGUUUCAGCUAGCUAAAUCAGAGGAUAAGACAGUGCUGUUUGCAGUGGCCUCGACUCUGGUUAACUGUACUAACAGCUACGAUGUGGAAAAGCCUGACCCUCAAAUGGUAGAACUGGCCAAGUAUGCCAAACAGCAUGUACCAGAGGCGCACCCAAAGGACGCUCCCUCGUUUGUGGAAAAAAGGUUGAUGAAGCUGUUGGAGGCUGGAGUUGUGUCUGCUCUAGUGUGCAUGGUCAAACAGGAGAGCCCAGCUCUCACUGAGACUUGCAGGGAGUGCAUUGCCAGGGUGUUCUUGGCUCUGGUGGAGCGGCAGGAGGACAGGGGCACAGUGGUGGCACAGGGCGGAGGAAAGGCCCUGCUUCCUCUGGUGUCAGAGAGCACUGACAAAGGAAAGACCAAAGCAGCACAGGCUCUGGCCAAGAUCACCAUCACAUCCAACCCAGAGAUAGCCUUUCCUGGGGAGAGGCUCUAUGAGGUGGUGCGUCCUCUGGUCAGCCUGCUCACCCUGGACUGCUCCCUGCUGCAGAACUUUGAGGCUCUCAUGGCUCUCACCAACCUGGCCGGCAUCAGCGAGAGGCUCCGGCAGAAGAUAAUCAAGGAGAAAGCUGUGCCUAAGGUGGAGGGCUAUAUGUUUGAGGAGCAUGACCUUGUGCGCGCUGCUGCCACAGAGUGUAUGUGUAACCUUGUACUGAGCGCCGAGGUGCAGAAGCUCUAUGUGGCCACAGGGAAUGACCGCCUGAAGCUGCUGGUCCUCUACAGUGGAGAGGAGGACGAGAGGCUGAGGAAGGCUGCAGCGGGAACCCUGGCCAUGCUGACCGCAGAGCAGCCUGAACUGUGUGCCCGCAUCCCUGGAACGACCAGCCACUGGAUGGAGAUCCUUCAGGCCCUGUUGCUUAGCGACAGCGUGGAACUGCGUCACCGUGGUGUGGUGGUCACGCUGAACAUGAUGCAGGCAAACAAGAGCCUGGCCGAGACACUAAUGGAGAGCGAGGUGUUGGAAAUUCUCUCCGUUCUGGCUAAAGCUACAGAGCAGAGCCCCGUCUCCAGAACAGCACAGGACUGCCUGGAUAAGGCCAUGGAGUAUGGCAUCAUCAAGAAGCCAGAGGGAGAAGGAAGAGAACCCUAAAGGGUGGGUGGGAAGUUGGGGAGUUUGUGUAUGUUCAUAACAGGUAUACCAGACCCGUGGGGUGUACUACAUACCAUCUUUGAGGAGUUAGGAGACAACUUUUGUCAACUCUGCAAAUUUCUUUUUAAAUAGUCACACAAAUGUGGCUUAACUUGUACCCUAGUCUAAAACUAUUCUUCUUCAGGGUAUGUCACUGCAAACUUAACUAACCCUGAAUUAAAUAAUAUAGGAGUUGAGGACCAAUUAAAGAUUAUCCCCUUAACUUGAGGAAGAUGACUUAUCAAAUAUAAAAUAAAAUGUGCAUUAAUAUUUAAAAAUGCCUAUCAAAUUAUGUAUUUAGUAAUUUCAAGAUACAUUUGAAAAAUAAUGCACCACACAAAGUUUUAUGACUGUAUACUUAUCGCCAGUAUUUGCUGUACAUUGAUAAGACUACAUUAACUGUAUGUAGGAAAACAAAGACAGCAUGGGAUGCAAAGCUAAAUGAAACUACUGUAGCUUAUUUUAACAAUGGUCUCUGUGACAUGUGGUUACAUAAUGGCUUGAAUCCAUUUUGCUACUUGCUAUGGAGCAUUUUCAAAAUAAAUACAAUCACGCACUGAGGUAACUCUGUUAUAUUCCCGUGCAACGCUUUAAACUAGAUUUAACAACUAUGUUGUAAACCACUCGCACACGGUAUUAUACCCCAGGACAAAUAAAUGCACAAACUGUUUUGUACUAAUUGAUACUUAGGGGCACAAUUCAUAGACAAGUGUAUCACUCAAUUUAGUCAAAUAGAUAUUAAUCAUAAAUUUUUUGUCAUUCCUUUAUCUUUUUUAUUCACGAUUGUAUUCCCAUAAGCUCUUGCAUUCCCUGUAUUUUUCUAUGUGAAAUUGCAACAAAUAAUUUUUUAUCUCAUGCAUCCAGGUAUUUAUUUACACCUUUGUAUCAUUUUGAUGAUUGUGUUUUUGUCUUUGUACUUCCACUACAUUUCCGUUACGAACCCUAUUUUUGUCUGUAAACCACCACGAAGGUAGUUUGGCAGACAAAUAAAGUCUAUGUGAA